AUGAAGAAACUCACAAGCUUAGACCCCUCGAAGACCCUCACACCGGAUCACAUGAAUGGUGUCAAACAAGGCCUUUCUGUAUUCUACCCUGUGUUUCGCUCACCUGAUCAUCCCACCUAUGCUGUGAUGAUACAGAGGGCAAUUGCUGAGUUGAAUGAGGAAGGGGGGUCGACUCGAGAAGCAAUAUCAAAAUUUAUUAGAGAGCAGUUUGACUGUUUGCCAUUGGCUCAUGAAAGUUUCUUGAGUCAUCACUUGAAGAAACUUAGCGAGAGCGGAGAAAUUCUGAGUGCUUCAAAUAAUUGUUAUAUGCUUCGGGCUGAAGAUAAUGAUUAUGUUUCUCGAAGGGAGCGAGUGCAGAAAAAAAAGACUAGUGGGCUGGGUAGGGGAAGAAGAACAAGAAAUGGAAUUGAGCAUAAAAAACUGGCAGAAGAACAAGUUGAAGUAACUGAAUAUAGAGAACGGAGGCAGCAAAGUCAGGAGCCAGAGGUGAUAGUUGAUCAAAAUGGAUGCUCAGAGCAACAAAAUGAACAACAAGAUGAAGCGAAUAGAGAAGUUGCAAUGGCUGUGGCAAAACAGAAUUAUAAAGUGACUAAGGUGAUUGACGAUCACAGUGGACCUCCUGAGGAACAGCAAGACGAAGUGAAUGGGCAAAAAACUGAAAAACGAAUGCAAGAAGUUGCUGUGAUUGUUGAAAAGCAGCACAAUUCAGAAGAGAAAUAUAAAGCAACUGAAGAACAAGUUGAACUGAUUGAACAGAGACAACAUGGGCAGAAUUGUCUUGAACCGAAUCAAGGGCAAGAUGAACUGAUUGGACACCAAAGUCAAACUGAAAUGCAAGAAGUUGUAAUGAUUGUUGGAAAGCAGAAUAAUGCAAAAGAGAAAUAUAAAGUGGCUGAAGAACAAGUUGAAAUGACUGAACAGAGAUUACAUGGGCAGCAAAGUCAAGAACUGAGUCUACACGAACAGCAUAGUAGGCUGAUUGACGGUGAAAGGGGAUCUCCUGAUAAACAGCAUGAUGAA